CUCUCCAAACAUUUCAACUGCCAGCACAGCCAAGUCCCAUUCUAUUAUAAUUUGCGUAAAUUGUGGGCGUUUUGAUGCCCAACUGGGGUUUUGUUUACUUCCUCCAUACCGCUAUUUUGCUGGCAUAGCUCCGACACUGAUGCCAUAUAAAUUCCAAGGUAGAGUUCCGCAGUCGUCAAAUCGCAUGGCACGUCGACGACGGCGACGGGUAAAUUGAUUGUGACUUGCAGGGGCAACCUCAAACCCGGAUUAUGACUGACCUACACCACUAUCACUGUAGCUGCGCUGCAACCAUGAGGUGCUGACAGCCUCGACGACCACUCACAAGACAGACACCACCACCAUCACCUUCGCUACGAUUUUCUUCCCUCCUCCUAUGUCGGCCCACUGAGGCUCAAACCAGUCCAGGUUAUGCUGCAGCAGAUGGCCCCGCCCAAACGAAAGUGUUCUUCGGUUCCCCUGCGUGUUUGCACUUUUUUUUUCCGAACCCUGAAGUGCUUUAUUUUGUGCACUUGGAACAUUUGGGGUCCUCGUUUGCAUCUUCUGAGAUACUUCAAAAGUUGGGUUGCGUUCGAUAGCGAAUCUGACGGUUCGAGGUUCGGCUAUUUCCUCAAAUGAGAUCGCCAAGCGCACGUCGCAAACCCAACAGAGCAAAACAUCGACAUUAGCAGCAGCAGUACCAACAAAAGGCAGUACUUACAGCAAAGACAAGACCUCGCUGUCACUCUCUGAGCCACCGCCACAAUCUCCCUCGCAACUACACGUUAUAGUGCAAAUCAAGAUUUCAUAUUCUUUUUCUCAUACUUAAAUAUAUAAAGCUCAACCCCCGACGAAGACAAAAAUGUUACCCGACAACCCCGGCGACCUGCCGACGCCUCCUGCACCAACCCUGCAAAUCCGGCGCCCGCAGGCCCGCGUCGUUACACAGACCAUCGAGCGCGCCGCAACCACGUACACGACGCACGUCACCCUGGGCCUCGGCGACGGGGGCGAAACACCCGCCCCUGCUCCUCCGGCUCCGGCAGCACCGCCCGCGGGCACCGUCAACUCGGCGCCGGGCUACAACUACAUUGGCGCCAUCGUCGGCUCCGUGGUGGCGUUUGUGUUUUUGCUCCUGCUGCUGUGGUGCUGCAUCUGCAAGCCGCGCAUGCUGCGCCGCCAGAGGCAGCUGGCCGCCGCCAGGGAUGGAUACUCGUCGGGGUACGACAGCGAAGGGUCUUUGAGCAGCGGUGGCCCCGCGCAGCCGCGGCCGAGGCCCAGGCCUCGCGUCCCGCCCAUGCCGGUGCUGAAUCCGCCGCCCGUGCGGAUCAAGCCCAUGAGGCAUACGGGCUGGACGCACUCCGCCCACCCGCAGAUCCGUGGGGUGAGGGCGUUUCCGUGAGAGGAUGUCUUUCGAUCCCUGACUUUUACUGGUCCUUGAUCGGGGAAGUCAUUGGUUCUAUGCGAUUUUCACGAAUAUAUCACGACUUGUACGUUCUCAUGUCAUUGUUGAGCGAGCGUCGCUGGUGAAGUUUUCUUGUCUUUCAUCUAUGCAGUUACUUGUUUCCUUUGAUACCCAGGGUAGGGCGGCACUGUUAAUCCUGUUCUCUUUAUCUAAAUUCUCCGUCUUCAUUCCAUGCAGGGAGUUUCAAGUACAGUUUGGAAAGAUGAAACCUUGAUAUACUAUGGUAGCUCAACCUUUGCGGAAUUUAUGCACCCCUCCUCAAGAGUCGUAUCGGUUUCAUCCAG